AUCCUCGCAACACCGUAGUGCUGCAGUCUGGAGGAAACCGCAGUGGAUCCCCGAGCGUGGAUGCUGCUGUUCGGGGCGGGCACGCCCAGAGUGGGCGUGGCCGGCGGCUCGAUGUUCUCAGCCGGCGAUUGAGGCCGCCUGGGCAGGCUAAAAUGGCGGCUGGUGCUAUUAGGUGCUGAGGAGACCGGACAGAGGAGACAGACAGGACUAAUGCUGGAUAAAAGGGAGUGGUCGUCUGUUCUCUGCCUGGCCAGGCAGCCUCCUCCACCAAGCAUUGGUUGCAAAUGAGAAUGGAAGACAUGUCUCUAUCUGGCCUGGAUAACAGUAAACUAGAGGCCCUUGCUCAUGAUAUUUACACUGAUCUGGUGGAGGAUACGUGUUUGGGGUUGAGUUUUGAGAUUCACCGAGCUGUUAAAUGUGGUUAUUUCCUGCUGGAUGAGACGGAUCCUGAGAGCAUGAAAGACUUUGAAAUCAUAGACCAGCCAGGUGUGGACAUCUUUGGUCAGGUUUAUAACCAGUGGAAGAGCAAAGAGUGUGUGUGUCCAAAUUGCAAUCGCAGUAUAGCAGCCUCCCGCUUCGCCCCGCACCUUGAGAAAUGUCUGGGCAUGGGCCGAAACAGCAGCCGCAUCGCAAAUCGAAGGAUUGCGAGCAGCAACAAUAUGAACAAAUCCGAAAGCGACCAAGAAGAUAACGAUGACGUAAACGAUAACGAUUGGUCGUACGGCUCGGAGAAGAAAGGUGCGUUUAGUCAGUCUGGAGCAAAGAAGAGGAAAUCGGAAAAGAAUCCAAAUUCCCCACGGAGAUCAAAGUCCAUAAAACACAAAAAUGGUGAUCUCUCGGUUAACACUGACCCAUUUAAGUAUAGUAGCAGUUCCGGAAUUAGUUACGAAAACCUUGGGCCAGAAGAGCUUCAUACACUGCUAACGACGCAAUGUGGAGUCAUAUCAGAACAUACCAAGAAGAUGUGCACCAGGUCAUUACGGUGUCCCCAGCAUACGGAUGACCAGCGUAGAUCUGUCAGAGUUUACCUCCUAGGCUCCUCCGCGUCUCUACCAGAACCCGAUGGCAGUACAGACAAUGACAGCUUUGAUGUGGUGGAAGGACAGGGUCUAAUGGGUCGACUUCCGUGGGAUGGAUCCUCUGAUAUCUCCCCAUCCGACUCGGCCUCAUCCAAAGCCAGCACCAAUAACUCAGACACUCGGAAACCCAAGAAGAAAAAGCCAAGUCAUAUCAGCAUGGGCAGCGCCGGGGGUGGAGGUGCCAGUAAAAAGAAAAAACCCAAAGCCCCCGCCCCACACACACCCGGAAUGUACAGUGAACUCAACUGAGACAAAAGGACGUUGCUAUGCUAUGGACCAGAUGCCGGUGGGCCUGUUUGUACACAGGAGGGUGCCCAUCGGCUGCAAAUGGAUAAAAACAGGCCCCCCCCCCCCCCCCCACCCUCCCCCUCUCUUUCUCAAGUGAUAAACCUUCUACUGUGAAAAACAAGUGGCGUCUGUAUGGCAGGAAGAAGUAAUGCCUUCAUAUAAGGCAGAGUACCAAUCUCCAUCAAGCUUUUUCUGACAUCUCCUUGUGCUGCCAUGUCUCUGCUGCCUGGCUGCCAGUAAUGCCAUGCCCAAUUGUGGAAACGUGGCUGUGGCAAAGAUUUGGGGGAGGGAAAACGGGGGGGUGGGUCGUGCAGAACGGGAGGUCAAAAUGGAGUUUCCUCCCUCCGUCGAAGUGUUAGACCUCUGCUGCUGUGUCGUAUAGUGACAUCGGGUCUUUCAGCGGAUAACUGGACUUUUUCUUUUUUUUUUUUUUCAUGAGAAGACAGGGCACUGCCCUCCCCGUGCUGUAACUCUCUCUCAUCUCUGGAACUUUCUGGAAUGCGAGGCCGUAAACUUGAAGACUUUCAAAAACUAAAAAAAAAAAACACACACGUGACCUCAUCACUUCAGGCACAAAGUGUUCUAGGUGUUGAUGCGCAGGGCCCUGGCGCCGGUCGGGGGCGGUGGCAUCGAAGUGUAUCUGCCUCUGGCAGGUGGAGGGUAUAAAGGAUAUCUUGCACGUAUUAAAAAAACAAAAAUCACACUAAGUAUUUCAUUGCAAGCCUAUGUGCUUUAUUGUAAAUGUGUAUAAUGGGUGCAUCCAUCACAUUGUAAUUUUUAACAAAGAGAAUCAUGUAAAGGCAAAGGGACUUUGGCCGCAGACGGGUAACGGAAAGGUCAUAUUGCUGUAGGCGUAAUCUGACAGUGUUCACACAGGUGAUUGUUUUUGUUGUGAUAAAGACAAAUGAAAUUGUA